AUGAAGAUGAGCUGCUCCAAGGAAUGUGACAAGAAGGAGAAGCCUAUUUUGUCUUUUUCUAUAGAAGCAAUCUUAAAAAAUCCAUCUACUGAGGCUUGCCUCCACAAUACGGUGACCUGCAAUAGCCAACCUGGAGUGGCUCAAAAGUUCAGUUCUAAGCCACUUUUGGACAGGUAUAAAGAUGACAAGAAGGUGAAGCGUAGAAUUAGGACCACAUUCACAGCAGAGCAGCUCAAGGAAUUGGAGAGAAUCUUCCAAGCUACACACUAUCCAGAUAUCAACAUCCGCAAUCAGCUGGCAGCCAAAAUUAAUCUUCCAGAAACUAGAAUUCAAAUUUGGUUCCAGAAUCAACGAGCAAAAUGGAGGAAACAUGAACGAUUUGGCAAUUUAGCAGGCCUGCAGUAUCAGACCAAAACUGAUUUUAUUUCAGCCCCAAAGCCAAAAGUAGCCAGUUCAAAAAAUGAGGGUGCAUAUGUUUCUUCAAAUCAGCCAUUGACAUCCAGGGGACCCUUCCACGAUGCCCAGCAACAGCCUUUUUGGUAUUGCCCCUCUUUCAGGGUCCUAUUAUGCACUGAUCCAAGAACAUUCCAUGCACACCUAGCUAUCCGACCUGCUGUCUUGUCCAUGGACUCUUUGGCAUUUUCAAAAUCAUCUCUAAUUAUUGACUGUCUUCCUCCUUAUAUCCUUCACCUUCUGCUCCUGAAGCAAGCCAGAAG